AUGGAGGUCCUGAGGACUUACCUCCUCUCUUCAUUCAUAUUUUGCUUGCUCUCUCUUGCUGCUGGUCGAUAUGAGAUAAGAAGGCUUGUUCCUUCAGGUCCUGAUCCAAUGGAGCCUCCUGAAACACCAUCAACUUCAUUUACCAAAACCCAGUUUGGGAUGAAGAGGCUUGUUCCUACAGGUCCUGAUCCAGUGGAGCCUCCUGAAACACCAUCCACUUCAUUUACCAAAACCCAUUUUGGGGUGAAGAGGCUUGUUCCUUCAGGUCCUGAUCCAGUGGAGCCUCCUGAAACACCAUCCACUUCAUUUACCAAAACCCAGUUUGGGAUGAAGAGGCUUGUUCCUACAGGUCCUGAUCCAGUGGAGCCUCCUGAAACACCAUCCACUUCAUUUACCAAAACCCAUUUUGGGGUGAAGAGGCUUGUUCCUUCAGGUCCUGAUCCAGUGGAGCCUCCUGAAACACCAUCCACUUCAUUUACCAAAACGCAUUUUGGGGUGAAGAGGCUUGUUCCUUCAGGUCCUAAUCCAGUGGAGCCUCCUGAAACACCAUCCACUUCAUUUACCAAAACCUAUUUUGGGGUGAAGAGGCUUGUUCCUUCAGGUCCUAAUCCACUGGAGCCUCCUGAAACACCAUCCACUUCAUUUACCAAAACCUAUUUUGGGGUGAAGAGGCUUGUUCCUUCAGGUCCUAAUCCAGUCGAGCCUCCUGAAACACCAUCCACUUCAUUUACCAAAACCCAUUUUGGUGAAGAGGCUUGUUCCUUCAGGUCCUGA